GUCUAUCGCCAGCCGCGAUUUGAUCUUCUAACCAUGCACAAGGCUAUAGCUCGGCGUGCAUCAAGGAUCAGCGCGAAUUGGAACUCAUUUUAGGCUUUAAACAACUAAUGAAGCCUGAGGCUGUUGAUCCAAGGUGUCGGUUCAUAUUUCUAACAGCAGGCCAAAGCCGGGCACCGUUGCGUAUCACGUACGACAUGUUCAGCUUCCUGUGUACAUUCUACCAGGUGCCUCCUUCGUUUCUGGACUUCGUCUUUCCCUUCGGACUAAGGGAACACGCGCAAGACUUCCAUUUCAGUGGGCUGAGAGACGAAUCCCUGUUGGCCUCGUAUGACAGAGCUUGUGUACUGCCCGAACUAGAUCGUUCGGGGAAAUACAUUCGCUUCUGUUAUAACCUAAGAUCAGUGGAACCAUCGCAAAGUCAGUCAAAGUUACCGUGGUCGAUUCGCCAGUGUGCUGUAUAUCAUACAUUCGAUGUAGAGAACGGGCGAAUGUCCUGGAUCAUCGUCAAAGGAAACAAGGAUAUCAAGAAUCGUGUGACUGAAACGUCCAAGAGGCAAAUGCAUGGUGAAGGCUCUCUCAAUUCUCGCGGCGAUGCAUUUGCAGCAUCUCUUGAUACGCAUCUUCUGCUAUGCAACUGGUCCGGCGAGAAUUGGAGAUGGUAUAUCAACGAUCUCGAAGAUCAAUUGCAGACAUUAACGAGAGGAGUAUUGGCAUUUCAAGUUGAGAGAACUCCGACACCAUUGUCAUCGCCUUCACCACUAAAUACCACAAGUCCACACCCCAACAUGGGACCGUUUUGCAACGUAUCACAGAUGUCUCCAACAAGUCCUCCAUCACGAUCUUUCACACUGCCACCAGUUUGGACAAAACGAUCCCCGAAUCGAUCAAAUACUAUGCAAUCAAGUCCACAUCCCUAUACACAAUCGCCGAUGGGCAAUGUUGAUGACAGCUUGUGGACAUCGGUACCAACAAUGAACUCUCCUCCAAAGACGAGACGAUGGAACUCAGCUCUAAACGAUUUUCGUAGUUCACUGAAACGGCCGUGGCGUCUUGACACGACCAACGACAACCCGAUAUCUGGAGAUGAAAAGCGGUUGUUACCAUCUUCUGAAAGGUUAUCGCCUCCAGAGCUACCACCGUCUUUUUCCUCCAGUGAUUUGGAUAAGACACCUGAUAUAUUCACCUUUAGAAAUCUUCAAGACAUACAACACAUUGAAGAGAAGGCACAGGAAGCUAUGCUUGUAUUGAAGCUGAACACAGAUGUUCUUGAGCAGCUGAGGCUGCAGUACGAAGAACUCACAAAGCAUAAAGAAUUUCCUCAAGAAGUUCGUGAUGACUGCAGAGCCAGCCUUCAUCACUUUUGUAAAGGCGUAGUUGGGGUCGAAAAAGAUCUACGCAUGCUGCAGUCGCGGACGGAGACUCUGCUACACCUCUUGGCCAACCGAAAGACUUUGGUAAGCGGUAUAUUGCAACAUCGAAGCUCCAAAGCGAGCGAAUUCUACGCAAAAGAGUCUCGAGAAUGCGCAGCUCGCAUGGAAACAAUGACUCUGAAGAUGCAAGACCUUGCCAUGAAGACAAAGCAAGAGACAGUUUCAAUGAGAGUGAUCACCACUGUAACUCUUUUCUUCCUUCCAGCAACCUUCAUCGCUACUUUCAUGAGCACCGAUAUCCUCAAAUUCCAAAAUGGCGAACAAGAACUACAAAUACAGGGUCUGAAGCUAUACUUGAAGGUUGCCCUGCCUGCGACAGCAAUGACCUUUAUCGCGUGGUACGUCAUCUAUUGCUUGGCUAGAAGAGAAACUAGACAGAAUGAUCGGUCCGAAGCAGCUGGUGAGGCUUGAUAUCCUGGGUUGUCCAAUCAUUAGAUCGGCCAAGAUUGUUUUACAAAGGGGCGACAUCCUCUAUCUUCCUAGACGUGUAUAUUGUAAAGGCAAUUUCAAACCGUGUCUCGUUCGAAUUGGACUGCCAAUGCUGUUGCGCACCGCAAAGUAUGUUCUGUAGUCUAGCAUAGAUACGACUUAAUUUGACUGGUGACGCAGUUUAGUAUAGCGAUGCAGUCGGGCGUCCAGGGACAAAGAUCAUUGUGAUAGCCACUAGAAGCUGAAAGCGUGUCAAACCUGAAUCAUAGGCCAUGGUCAGUAGUGGACCGGUGCGUCUUGGCGGAUCCACGCUGUGUCAACCCGUUUGACCUAAAGCCAACGUCGCACCCACAAGGAAGAUCAUUCCUGCCGUCUAACCCUCCAAAUAUUCAUCACUGCUCGUUGCCAGGACGUAUCUGUUUGCACUCGUCGACA